GCCCCCGGGCACUUCGGCCCCGCCUUCGGCCCCGCCCUGGCCCGUCCGCUCUCGGGGUGGCGAUGGCGCACUUGGUGGCCGGACUGCUUCGGCGCUGGUGUCCAAGUCCUCUGCAGGUCAUUAAUUUCCCAGUGGUUCGGCUGCAUAUGAGCCUAAUGGCGAUGAGAGCCAGUCAGAAGGACUUUGAAAAUGCGAUGAAUCAGGUAAAACUCUUGAAGAAGGAUCCAGGAAAUGAAGUGAAGCUAAAACUCUACGCACUGUAUAAACAGGCCACUGAAGGACCUUGUAAUACGCCCAAACCAGGUGUGUUCGACUUGAUCAGUAAGGCCAAAUGGGAUACAUGGAGUGCCCUUGGCAGUCUGCCUAAGGAAACUGCCAGGCAGAACUAUGUGGAUUUGGUUGCUAGUUUGAGUUCUUCAUCAAAAUCCUCUGGCCAGGUGGAGCCUGGAGCAGACUGGAAACCACCUGGAUAUGAAACGCUGGUGGUGACCUCAGAAGAUGGCAUCACAAAGAUCAUGUUAAACCGGCCCACCAAAAAAAAUGCCAUGAACCGUCAGAUGUAUCAUGAAAUCAUGCUCGCGCUUGAAGCUGCAAGCAAGGAUGACUCACCAAUAACUGUUAUAACAGGAAACGGUGACUAUUACAGUAGUGGGAAUGAUCUGACUAACUUCACUGAUAUGGCCUCUGGGGGAGUAGAAGAGCUAGCUAAAAACAGUGCCAUUUUACUGAGGAAUUUUGUAGGCUGUUUUAUAGAUUUUCCUAAGCCUCUGGUUGCAGUGGUAAAUGGUCCGGCCGUGGGCAUCUCCGUCACCACUCUUGGGCUGUUUGAUGCCGUGUAUUCGACCGACAGGGCAACAUUCCAUACUCCGUUCAGUCACCUGGGCCAAAGUCCAGAAGGAUGCUCCUCUUACACUUUUCCCAGGAUAAUGAGCCCAAGCAAGGCAACUGAGAUGCUUAUUUUUGGAAAGAAGUUAACAGCAAGAGAGGCAUGUGCUCAAGGACUUGUUACUGAAGUUUUUCCUGACAGCACUUUUCAGAAAGAAGUUUGGACCAGGCUGAAAGCAUAUGCAAAGCUCCCCCCAAAUGCCAUGAGAAUUUCAAAAGAAGUAAUCAGAAAUAAGGAGAAAGAAAAGCUACACGCUAUUAAUGCUGAAGAAUGCAAUGUCCUCCAGGAAAGGUGGCUGUCAGAUGAAUGCAUGAAUGCGGUCAUGAACUUCUUAUCCAGAAAAGCAAAACUGUGACGACCACUACCGCAGAGCCAAGCAUGUCCAAGGAAGGGAUGUGCUCGUGCUUCUGAUUUCCAGUACUUGAACUAAAUAAACGUCAUUAUGCCUUUUUUCAGUGCUAGUAUAUCCAUUAUGAUGACUAUAUUUCACCCCAGCCCUGAUGAAUAAAAAAUUUUGUAAAACAA